AUGAAACGUGAAAAAAGACGAAUUAUUUCAGCAUUGCCAGUGCUUCUUAGAGCGCAAGAACAGCCUCAAUCUUUUUAUACGAAAGGAUAUGAUAAGGGACAAUAUCCGAAUGAUCUUAACUGUAGUUGGAUUCUAAAAGCGAGAACACCACAGCAACGAAUCGUUCUAACAAUUCACGAUUCGAAACUUGAUGAUGCAUUAUUUACACAAUGUGAAGACUAUUUGUCUGUUCGAGACGGUGAAAUUUAUGCAGCGACCGAAAUUGUUAAAUGGUGUGGUGAUAAUUAUCCACAGUCAAUAAUUAGUACAAAUGAUGCCUUAUAUUUAGUUUUCUAUUCGAAUAAUCAAUUCAGUGAACGAGGUGCAAAAUUCUCAUUCGUAGAUUUUGAAAUACCUGGUUGCCCACCAAAUUGGAUAACUGAUUCAGUUAGCAAUUUUUGCUAUUUAAUAAGCGAUUCACCAACACAUCAUGCGACAUGGAUUGAUGCUCAAAAAUAUUGCGUUUUACAGCGAAGCAAUUUGUUAUCAUUUUCAUCGAUAGAAGAAUAUCAAGAUUUUACCGCGAAAUUUUCAAGUGUUGAAAUUUCUGCUUGGAUUGGCUACAGCGAUACUAUUAACGAAGGGAAUUUUUUCGCUGUCGAUCAAAAUGAAAAACUAAAUCCACAAUCAUUUCUAAUAUUCGAUGGUAAUCAACAACAGAAGGAUUGUGUAUUUUUCCACAGUGGUACCGGAAAAUCUCCAUAUAUCGUUGAUGAUUGUAGGAAUAAACGAGCAUUUAUAUGCAAAAGAAGGCAAGAUGGAAGCACAAUACCAUAUGCAUUAAACGAAGAGCUUAUUCGUAACGGAUUUAUUUCAUCUUCGUUAAGUUCCACAUUAUGGCUAUUCAUUUUAAUUGCUUUAAUUUUACUACUAUUAAUAUUAUAUUUCUUAUGUUAUAAAUGUAAACGAAAGCGUUUUAAUUCGCGAGUAUCAAGCGCUGAUACUGAUCAACGACUCGUGCAAGGUAUUGAUGCUCAUGAAACUAAUAUUGGUGGUGCUGCUGUAUUAACUCGACCUGGUUAUUCUGGAGGUAAUGCUCAAUCUAAUUUCAUAAAUAAUCGUAUUAAGCCAAUCGAAACAAAUGCGGCAACUUGGACCAAAAAAGAUAUAAAUAUGAACGCUCAAACCAAAUUUGAUAUCGAAAAGGAUAGUAAUAAGCCGUUUCGACAAAAUGCUGAGCAUACAACGCAUGCUUUUUCACUUCAACCCAUAAAAUCGUUGUCGGUUUGCGAAAAUCUACAAGAGCAAUCACUAGUAGAAAAUAAUUUACUACCUCAAAAUGCAACCCCUAUAAGUCAUACGAGUGAAAAAAUGAGGCAAAAGAUGGAACGUGGAGAAAUAUUCGAACGUCCACGAAUAAAGAUACUCGACCAUGUUUCAGCAAUAAGUUUAGACGAAUUUUGGAAUAAAAAUAAUGUGGAACAAUUUUCUACUAAAUCUGAAAAAUAA